AUGAAGCUAUCUGAAUGUAACUAUUGCGCUACCAUCAAAGAAUGUUCUGCAAAGGGUGGGGAAUGGCGUCGUCCUGCUGGAGGAUCACUGGCGCACGUUCUACUCGCAGGUGAAGGAGCAGCGUUGAGCGAUGCAAAAGCGAUGGCUACACAGGCGGUGUUGCUUACAUCUCUAGGAAAGUCGGCAAGUGUGCAGUUUUCUGGAUCCCCAGGAAAUGCUUCUGUUCUUCGUGCACUUUCUGGGAAUGGCGCUGCUUCAGCCUUCCAAGCCGCCUACCAUGACACUGGCCUCGCUGGUGUUUACAUAAUAGCUGACAGCACCCAUGUUUCCAAGGCUGUCUCACUGGCCGUUUGCGCUAUCAGGGAUUACAAAUGCAACGAUCUUGAAGCUGCCAAGCGUCGUGCAACUAACGAACUUCUGCGACUCGCGGACCACAACAGUUCGGCGUCAAUCGAUCGUGCCACUCAAAUUCUUGCUGGUCUCACUGUAGAAGAUGAAGUGAUUGAGAAUAUUCAACAGGUCACUGUAAAUGAUGUGAACGCAGCAGCGAAGAAACUUUCGAGCAAAUUCUCGCUUUCCUGUUAUGGAAAUGUCGAUGAAGUUCCAUAUCUCGACUCUUUGUGA